AUGUCUAAAAUUAAUAGAACUACACUUAAGGUCUACUAUUCAAACCUUACCCUUUUGCUCGACUUUCUUCGCCUCAACCAAGACGAAAACGUCGAGUUACUCAAGGAAGAAGAUGAAUUCGAAUACAAGAGACUUCUUACAAACACAGUUAUAACUGCUGAUACAACUCAAAGAUUCCCUCGAAUUACGAGGGAGAAGCAAGAUUUGGGCCCUAAGAGAGGUUCUGGCCUUGACUCUACUAUAAACCAAGCCAUUGCUAUCCUGGUUAAUCGUUCUGACAAUAAGUCGGUUAGCAACGUAAUACGUUUUGGGUUUGCUCAGCCAAAAUCAUUGAACUUACAAGGAUUUAGAAUAACCGGCAUCAACUCCACAGUUGAUUAUUUGAGAAAAUCAAGAGCCUGGUUUAAACUUUAUAUGAGGAUCGGCCAUGAACCUAUGAUUUUCUUAUUAACAAAUUUUUCUAUAUUCCUUGAACUUCCAAAUGGAUGCUACGUUCAAUUAGCAGGACCAGUUAUAAGCUGUUUGCCAAUACCACAAAGAUCGCCAUCUUUUAAGAACGCCUUUGAGGCUGGUCCAGUUCUUCACCCACAAAUUUCUACAUCAGACCCUUCUCAGAAUGAAGAUAUACAAACUUAUACUCAAGAUGGUUAUACGCUCUCUCAGAGUUCUGGUAUAAAUGGGUCACAAAAUGUCAGCCAAAAUGAUAUUACAGACGAUCGAACUACUUCCUGGAAAAGUAUGCUAUCGCAGGACAUCAAUCCCAUCUCUAAACGUCGAAGCGAUGUUCUUACCUUUUUCAGAAAGCUACGCGAAGAAGAUAAUAAAGCAUAUUCACAAAACUAUGUUUCGAGUUCAUCAAUCCCUUCUCAAAAUAUUAGUGAGAUCAGCUCACAAAAUACUACCCUUUUUUCGUCUCAAAAUACCCAUGAGACAAGUUCACAAGUCACACUGUAUUCUACAAGUUCUGGAGUUGAUAUGCUUUUCGAUGAGAAUGAGUCUAGUAGCAUUAGCAAAGGGGAACCGCUUAUUUCGGACAUAAUCUCAAAGGAUAACAUUUCAUUUGGGCUAAACGACAGGGUCAGGACAUGGAUAGAAAAACCAAGACUGAUAGAAGCCAUGCUUCCUAACAAGGAAAAAAUUAUUGAAAAUGAAGGCAUGAAAUUAAUUCCUGCUGAACAAAAAAGUAAAGAAUCAUUAUCAAAUUACGACAAGUUUAAAGAAAAGACUAAAGGAGCUUUUCUUAAAAUUAUGGAUGCAAUGCAUUCCGAUAAAAAGACUAGGAAAGAAGAUACAGAAUCAUGUCACGUUGAGAUUAGCGAUGAGUCUACCAUGUUGAAUGAAAAUAAAAAUUCGGAGAUUCCGAAAAAACGUCCAAUCGAGGAUGUUCAAGAAACAUAUAAGGCUAUCAUUUUGAAUAAUCAUGAUGUGGUUAAAGUAAGCACGGUAACAGGUGAUGUCAAAGAAACUGAAGAUAUUGUAUCAAAAACUUCCGAUGUCGAUAACGAGUUGGCCGUUUCAAAAGAAGAUAGUUAUCUUAAUAAUCAUAGGAAACAUUCAAUAGAGGAUGCAAUUUUGAACAAAGAAACCUCUUCUAAAGCAAUCGUUUUGAACGACCGCAAAGUUUUAAAAAUAACUAACACGGUCUCUUUAUCAAGUUUAUGCUUUUCCCGGUCGAUCAUGUUUUUCAGUCCUCCAAUAUAUAAUAAUUAUGGCCUUCCGAAAGAACACAUCCUUAACGUAGCAAAAUUUUCUAAUGAUAUGCUGGAUUCCGUGAUACGUUAUAUUUUUCCAAGGCAAUUUGGCCUCAGUAACGCAUUCACUAAUGAAGAAGCUUUGUCUCCUGGUGAAUUAUAUCACAUUUAUAUGAAUAGAACGGAAUUCAAUAAAUCGCAUUGUGAAAUUCCGGAUCGUCUACAACAUAUUCUUCCAUAUAUUGAUAAUAUAAUCAAGCGACAUAAACGGUGUCAUUAUAAAAAUUUACUCGACACUCACUGUCCAAUAAAAGUUGUAGACGAAACAAAUGCAAAUGAAAAUUGCUCGAAUUACAACAAUUCUUAUCAGGUUGCAAAGUUUGUUAAUUCAGCAUUGGAUUUCAUAAUACCAUUAGAAUUUUGGGGUAACAAAAAUAACAAGACUGUAAUUUAUAAGAUGGUCAAGGUUUUUAUUGAGCGUCGUCGUUUUGAUGCUUUAUCGAUGCAUGAAGUUCUUCAAGGUUUUAAGAUAAAGGAGUGCCAAUGGCUUGUGCCACCAGGUAGUGGAAAUUCUUGCAAUAGCGUGGAAGCGUUGAAACGCUCGGAGAUAUUGUAUGAAUUUGUCUGGUGGACUUUCGAAUGUUUUGUAAUUCCGCUUCUCAAGCUAAACUUUCACAUAACGAAUAGCAUAACGCAAAAAUAUCGGCUUUUCUACUAUCGACAAGAAGUUUGGUCAGAGAUGUCUAAACGAAGUCUCGAACCUUUGUUAGAUUCUGUAUUUGAAGAGAUUCCAUCAGAGAUAGUGUCUGAAAUGUUAGAAGUCAAGAAAUUGGGUUGUUCUGAAUUAAAGUUUCUUCCUAAAGAUGAUAAAGGGAAGCUUAGACCUAUUGUUAAUAUGAGACGUCCUAUGCAUAAAAAUGCAGAUAUAUCUAGCAAAUCCACUCGCAAAAAUCUGAAAAAACCACAAUCAAUUAAUGCUAUUUUGAACACAACUUUUCAAAUUUUAAAACAUGAGAAGAAAAAUAACCCAUUGUUAAUGAGUGGGUCUGUCUUUAGUUAUAAUGAAGUCCAAGAUCGCUUAAUUCGGUAUAAGAAGGAUUUGGCUAAUAAAGCUAAUAAAGGCAAUUUUGAGCUUUACUUUGCUAAAGUUGAUGUAAAAUGCUGUUUUGAAUCAAUCGAUCAAAGUAAACUCAUGGAAAUAAUUCACGCCAAUGUUUUCACCGAAUCACAAUAUGUAGUAAACCGGUAUGAAAUGGUUCAUCCAAAAGGGGGCGAAAUUCGUAGAAGGAAUGGUCUUUAUGUCCAUAAUGGAGAGGAAUUCGUAAUAUUUCCAAAAUAUGCUGCCGAAUUGGCCCAUAGAUACAAGAAUGCGAUCCUUGUUGAGAACAUAAAAGAAUCAUAUAAUGAUCUAGGAGACGUCCUUGACCAGCUGGAAGAGCAUAUUCAACAAAAUCUUAUAAAGUCCGGAAACAAAUAUUAUUUACAAAGGGUAGGCAUUCCGCAGGGGUCAAUAUUGUCAUCGUUAUUGUGCAGCAUUUACUAUGGAGUUAUGGAGCGAUCAGAACUCCUAUCUGUAAAGAACAAUGAUGGAGUUUUGCUCCAUUAUAUUGACGACUUCUUGUAUAUUAGCACAAACAAAGAGGAUGUCAUAAAAUUUAUAACGGCUAUGUACAAAGGGCUUCCUGAAUAUCGGUGUAUUGUUAAUAAGAAUAAAAGCAUGGUUGAUUAUUCUCGAUACUUAACCACACAUAUUGCCAAUAUCUUGACUAUGACUAUUAAGAAAGGAAGUCAUAGUGAAUUUUUAAAACAAAAAAUGCUAGAAACUGUAGCAACAAAAUCUCAUUAUAUCUUUUAUGACGCUUCGUUGAACACCAAGGAAAACAUCUUGUUGAAUAUAUACCAGAAUUUUCUCAUGGCUGCAAUGAAAUUUCAUAAUUAUGUGAAAGAAAUGUCUAGGCAGGGAUCACAAAAAAACGAAACAUUUGAAGCUGAAGUGGUUCGAUACACCUUUGACUCGGCGUAUCGGGUGGUAUUGAACAAAUCUGGGAAUAGUAGAAGUCCUCUUAAAAAAGAUGAAGUUAUGUGGCUUGGUGCUCAUGCAUUUCGACACAUUUUAGGAAAAAAACAAGAUCAUCGGGGCGUACUCGUCUAUCUCGAGAAACUUCUUGAGGAUUCCCCUGUAAAAAACAGUAAACUUCUAAAUGCUGUAGUUGAUUUGAACCUCUCAUCAGUCUUUAAUAAAAUUAAAUUUUAA